UAGGUAGAGAACUCUUAGGUUGUCCACCCUGCUGAAGGAAUGCAACCUUUUUGUUUGCAACUUUUAUCGAAUGGUUGUGAAUGGUUGUUUACAUGGUCGCACAUCGAUAAAUAAUAUUAAUAAACUUUAUCCGCACUUUUAGUAGUCAAUUGCAAGUAAAUUGGAAUAAUAUGACGACAAUAUAUCUUUUUCUUUUUGUCGUGAUUAUCGCAAUCUUGCCCCUAAUAGCUGAAAGCGGAGUGUCUUGGAAGCAACAUCAGACGGAAGCUCAGAGCGGGUACUAUGGUGGUGCACCGGCGAAGACUUACAAGAAAAGCCAGAAAUUAGAGGAACUAGCAGCGCCUAAGAAUGCAUCGGGCCCGUCCGCGCCUCACAAACUAAAUAUCACAGCAUGGGGUAUAAUUGCUAUAAUUUUAGGCAUAAUUUUGCUUAGUACAAUAACAUACUACGUGUUCAUGUUGUAUCCGUACAUAUGUAAGAAGGAUCAAACCUACGACAUCAUAGAAUUGACGGAAGUUAAUUCUGUGUGCACUGAUAACACUAACAAUAUGCCACUCUACCGCAGCUCAAACGACGUAUCGAACAAUGUAUCGCUAAACUGACAACGGAAAGACUGAGAAUAAUUUUAUAUAUUUAUAUAAGUAUGUAAGUGAUAUAUCUGCUAUAUCAUACUAGUAUUUUUAUAUGAUAUUAAUGAUAGUUAAUUUUUAUACAAUUUUUACUUCAGUACUUUGAAUACUUUACGUUAGAGUAGAAAAUCAUUGGGUAGACAUCGACAUUAUAUUUCCCCGACGUUAUCCUCUAACGCAAUAAUAGGAUAAAUCAACUUUGUAAAUUCUACAGGAGCAUUUACGGCAGUUUGGAAUUUUUUUAUUACAAUUUACACGUAUUUGUAUGUAUUUAUGCUAUCGCUAUCGCGACGACAGACUGAAUUGUAGAAAUAAAACAUGCAACUCAGAUACACGUGUACACAUGUGUUAAUAAAUAAUUUAAUUCCUU